AGUCAGCUGAUUCAGUCCGGAAACGUUUCACGAAACGGAUAACAACAAAAAGAGAUUUUCAUCCAGAAAACUGACUUUUCAGUCAAUUACGGAAAUUUACCGAUGGAGUCGACGCUUGAACAACAUCUUGAUGAUACCAUGAAGAAUCCAGCUGUGGUCGGCGUCCUCUGCACAGACCAGCAGGGACACAGUCUGGGCUGUCGUGGGUCGUUGUCCGACGAACACGGUGGAGUUGUGUCGGUUCUGGCCAAACAAGCUGCAGCUCUCCUCAAAGACCCGACAGACUCCCCGACCGUCUGCCUGGAGUCUGACUCAGGGAACAUUUUGGUGCGGAGUCAUGGGAGCAUCACAAUAGCAGUCCACAAGAUCGCAUCCUGAAGACAGCAGGACUCCCUAGCAGUUUUAUUGUAAU